AUGACAGCCGGACUUUUACAUGACCCAAUAUUCAUGAUCAUGACAGGACAUUUAGGGAAAAAUCGUAAUAAACUAAAGAAAAUACCUAAACCUUCACAAACUUUCAAUUUACAAAAUCAAAAUCUAUACUAUGAUUUAUACUUUAACGCAAACAACUCCAAACAAAACUUUGUAUCAAAAAAUUAUUCUGACAAAUUUCUCAAAACAUUAACUCUAUACUUUAACGAUUCUUGCAUAUUAGACCCACUAACCCCUAAAAAAGACUGGAUAAGAAAUCUAUCACGAGAUUUCUACUCACUCAACAAUGAACAUAUUGGCCGCAUAAUGUCAGCCUACACAUUCUAUAACUAUGGAUUUUUCAUAAUAAGAGCACCAGAAAUUACACAAUUUCAAAACGCAGCUAUACCCAAUGAAAUGGGCAGAUUAUAUGUAACACAUUACAACAUCACACCACAAACUUUAACAACAGACAUACUACUAAAUAUGAUUAACAUAACCAAGGACACCAUUCGCAAAACAAAAAACAAAGAAUUAAAACUAAUAUGCAAAAAACUUUUAAAUUUUGAAAUUACAGGACUAACAAAGUAG